AUGGCCUAUGAUUGCUACAUUGCCAUCUGCAAACCCCUGCACUACGGGAGCCUCCUGGGCAGCAGAGUUUGUGCCAACAUGGCAGCAGCUGCCUGGGGCAGUGGUUUCCUCAAUGCUGUCCUGCACAUGGCCAACACAUUUUCCCUCCCCCUCUGCCAAGGCAAUGCCCUGGACCAGUUCUUCUGUGAAAUUCCCCAGAUCCUCAAGCUCUCCUGCUCAGAUGCCUACCUCAGAGAAGUUUGGGCACUUCUGUUUAGUAUUUCUAUAGCAUUCAUUUGUUUUGUUUUCACUGUGGUGUCCUAUGUGCAGAUCUUCAGGGCUGUGCUGAGGAUCCCCUCAGAACAGGGCAGGCACAAAGCUUUUUCCACAUGCCUCCCUCACCUGGCCGUGGUCUCCCUGUUUCUCAGUACCAUCAUGUUUGCCUACCUGAAACCCUUCUCACUCUCCUCCCCAACUCUAAAUCUCGUGCUAUCAUUUCUGUACUCAGUGGUACCUCCAGCAGUGAACCCCCUCAUCUACAGCAUGAGGAACAAGGUGCUCAAGGAUGCAGUCUGGAAAUUCUUUGAAUACACGCUUCUUCAGAAUCAAUAA